GCUUUACAGAAGUUGUCACCUCGGUGUGUCCUACAUUAUACUCUAAGUUAUGUCUGGCCGUGGCAAACAGGGAGGCAAGGCCCGCGCCAAGGCCAAGUCGCGGUCUUCCCGGGCCGGGCUACAGUUCCCGGUGGGGCGUGUGCACCGGCUGCUGCGCAAGGGCAACUACGCGGAGCGCGUGGGCGCCGGCGCGCCGGUAUACAUGGCGGCGGUGCUGGAGUACCUAACGGCCGAGAUCCUGGAGCUGGCGGGCAACGCGGCCCGCGACAACAAGAAGACGCGCAUCAUCCCGCGCCAUCUGCAGCUGGCCAUCCGCAACGACGAGGAGCUCAACAAGCUGCUGGGCAAAGUGACGAUCGCACAGGGCGGCGUCCUGCCCAACAUCCAGGCCGUGCUGCUGCCCAAGAAGACCGAGAGCCACAAGGCUAAGAGCAAGUGAAACUCAACACGAAUCCAAAAAGGCUCUUUUUAGAGCCACCAAA